AUGCCGACAGACCGACACCGAAAUAAAUUGCUUCUGGAUGAUGCAGCAGUAGAAAGUCACGGUGAGUUCUUUGGAGAUGGAAAUUCCGGCUGCGGCUACACACACACGUGCGUACGCAUCGGUACUGCCGCCCCAACCGUGGCAGACCAAGGCCGACUCCUACAAUGGCGAACAGGAAGGGCAGCAAAACAAGUGUCUGAAUACAAAGGUCUCUCUCGGCUGCGUAAGGCCAGUGGAGCGGAUAUUAUACAGACUGUCGGCUCGAAGCCGGAUGCCGAGUUUGGCGUACUGUCGAGGCAGGACGAGUGGCCCUGGUUCGCCCACACCACCACCGCCUAG